AUGAUGGCCAACAAGCGGUUGGGCCGACACGCCUCGUCGCUUCUCUCUCCUUACACGAUGGUCCCAACGCCUAUUGCGGCAACAGGGUCUUCAUGUCUUUCACAGAGAACAUCAGUGCCCUGCUCCCGCGCGGCACUCUUACAGGCCAAAUGCUUUUCUUCUGAGAGACUCGCACGCCUGUUCGCGUUGGAGCUCAACAGAGCUCGAGCCGAGUACCGUCGCACUCCCACAAAGGCUCAGCAAGAGGCCUGCUUACGUACCAUUGCAAGCGUGCCCCUUCAGCAGGUUCGUGGUCUUGAUGGCAAGACGGUGGCACAGUGCUUAACCACCCUCGUGACGCUUGACGCACCAGCCGAUAUGCCAAUUAUUCAUGAUUGUGCGGUUUGGAUUUCCGUACACCCUGACGCGUUGUCACCCCAUUCACUCGCACAGUCACUUUACUCACUUGUGUGUCUAGAAUACAGUGACUCGGCAAGUGUUGUGUGCGCUGUAAGGCAACAGCUGUUGAGUGCUAUGGAGGAUAUGGCUGCCAGCAGCAUUUGCAUGGUGCUUGCUGCGGUGCUAACAUCGUAUGCCACUCCAGCGCGGGGACAACUGGCAGCCGGCGCUGGGAAAGGGAGCGAAGAGGGAGUCAGCGGCACGUUACAACUCCCCAUGGAUAUGUCUCAACUUGCAGAACGUGCACUGCCGUUCAUGGACGAAAGCCUGGGCUUGACUGAGAAGGCGAUGGUUGCUGUGGCACUUGGGAAGUACCUUUCUCAGACAGCUACAGCAACCUGGACGGAGGGGCUUAUUGCUGACCGUAUAAUGGCUCAGUUAUCAGCGGUUGUAUGGGGUUGUAUCCCUGGUGCUGAACUCUCUGUUCUAUCGAUGGCUGAUAUUGUUGGUAUCGUUUCUGUCUUGCAUGUCGUGCCGUUACCAAUCCGUGAUUCAGUUGCAACUGCAGCUCUACAGGAACUGAAGACUCGUGUGUGUAAUCAGUCACUAGAGUCGUCACGAAGCGUUGUGCAAGUGGCCCGCGUCCUCAGUUGCCUCUGUAAUGUUAAUAGAGAGAGUGUGUACUACAGUGCCUCGCAGGAUGUCUUGGAGAAGGUGGUUUCUGCACUAGAAGCAUAUGUUGCUAGUGAUGCCAUUACACUAGAUGCCGCGGCGAAACUUCUGGAGGAGUUUUCCAAAAUCACCGGAAGUUCGAUUGCAACGCCCCCUGCAUUAACAAGGUACCUAGUACGCGCAAUCAAUGGCUCUAAGGAGAAAUGGGAUGCACAGUCGGUUCGUACUGUUCUCAGUGUCUUUAGCAAAGAUAGUAGUUUACAGGCAGAUGCGCAAGCCCUUGCGACACGUCGUGUGGAGCUCAUCAAAUCGAAAUGUACCGCAGGAGCGUCAGUGGACGCAAGCGAUGUUGCUGCUUUGCUAGUGGAGGGUAUUGUCGAUCCGCAUGCAGAGUUGCUUGCAGAGACAGUUACAAAUAAUAUCAGCCGAUGGAGUGUAUCACAAGUUAUGACAUUCCUCCAGGCAGCUGCGCGUGUCAACGGUAAACCUACAAAUGCUAUUAUGCGUGAUGUGGCGUCGAAGCUGGUACCAUGCAUGGAAAAGGCCACAGCAGCGCAAGUUGCGGCAGUAAUGUCAUCUUACGGCCGUGCCCGUGUGAGGAAUGAUGCUUUCUGUGCUGCGGUCACCAGUCGCGCUGCUCUAUUAGGCCCAGAGCUGACCCUACAGCAAAUAAGCACGAUACUGGGAGGUCUUGCUGCCGUCGAGUAUCGUGAUACGAAGCUGUUUCUUGAUGUGGCACCCACAGUUAUCGCUCAAUCUGCUACAGCUGACGCGACACAAACUGCCAAUUUGUUAGCAGCAUAUGCCAAGAUGCUUGUAUGGAACUUCAAAGUGAUUUGGUCACUCGCUGAGCGCGCAUCGGUUAUCCACGAACAGUUCACGUUAACACAGGUGUUUGCUGUGGUGACAUCACUUAAUCGCAUGGACGUACAGCACGACGUUUUGGUGCAAGCGUUGCUUCGGAAGGCGAUCCGAUGCGCCUCGGACGAUCCCAACUUACCGCUUCCCGAUGUGGUUAUGAUACUGAGUGCUUUCUCUCGCAGCGGUGUAUGGGAUGCUACCCUUUUCGCGGACCUAGGAAAGCGUGUGGUGCAGCAACAACAAUCUCUAACACCGGAAGAGCUGGCAGAAACUUUGAUGGCCUUUGCACGUGUCGGUCUCACCCAGUAUAACAUCUUUGACGAGCUGACACUUCGUGCUCUUGCCGUGGCCCCUACAUGCUCACUUAUGGCACUGGCGAACGUGUCAGUGGCGUACGCCACUAUUGGGUGCAAGCAUGAGGAGCUUUUUUCGAUUAUUGCAGAUCGCUUCGUGAAUCAAAAACUCGACGUUCCGGCUGUGACAAUUGCCUCGGUUCUAAGCGCCUUCGCAGCGAUUGGCAUUCGGAACGAUCGGCUCUUCAUUGAGGCCAUUCCACGCGUGCGCCAUGUCGGGCAAUACGGGACGCCGAAGGAUAUAACAAAUGUGGUGUACGCAUAUUCUCAAGUUGGCCUAUGGCACUACAAAUUGUUUGUAAGGCUUGCUGACCGAGCGGUCCAGCUCCGUGGCGAGUUCCGUUGCGACCAGCUUGCGCGGCUGUUGGAGGCUUAUGCCCGUGUUGACAUGAGGUAUGAAAAACUCUUUGUGGAAUUCUCUCCACGUGUUCAAACAGUGGCCCAUCUUCUUACAGCGGGCGAGAUAUCGACAGUUGUGAACGCCUACGCAAAGGUGCGUGUACUUGACACUGCAGUGUUUAAGGCUUGCGUUGACCGAGCGCAGGAGGUACUGAACUCAUUCGAGCAGAGUGAAGCCGCACUGUUGGUGGGCGCGCUGCGAAAAGCAAAGUUCGAUCAUGAGGGUCUCGCAGUAUCACUGGGAAAGAUGUUCCCCGGUAUGAUGGCUUCACUCCAGCAAGUGGAGGACGAAGAAAGGGAAGUGGGCACAACUCCGGCGGGCGGCAACGAGGGUGACGAAACAAUUUUGGUAAACUCGAACGAUUUGGGGUCAUCAGUGGUUGAGGCAGCCGAUGGGGGAGCAUCAGCGUGA